AAGAUUCUCAAUAACCGCCUAACAAACUAGAACGCAAAAGUGAGAAGCGAAAAUGGGUUGGGUUUGGAGCGACGACGACAACAACAACAACAACAACAACAGCGACGAUUCUCAACGCAACCUCUCUUCAGGUUCCGAUGAACGGUGCUCCACCAGAAAAAUCGUGAAAUCGCAGUGCAGAACCGAAGAAGUUGAGCCUGGAAAGUUUGUUAGGAAAUGCGAGAAAACUGAAGAGCUUCUCAGAAGUUGCGCUGGAAAGCCUGUUGAAGUGCUGCAAUCAAACAAAGAGUACACAGAAGAAGAUAUCACUAAUGAGGUACUUCGAGGAGGUUCUGCAAUAUUUGGCUCAUCAAACAGCUCAUCAAACGGCUCAUCAGACCAUGGUGUGUUUGACUUCCCUGGGUUAAGAAGUGAUAUUGAAGUCAUGGAGCGCAACCUCUUUGGUGGUCUCGGUCGCUUCUUUGAAGCAGCCGAAGAAAUGAAAAAUGGCUUUUUUGACGUUGUUAUUGCAAAUACUCCACGCAUAUUUGAUGCAGAGACGUCAUCUUCAUCUCCUAUGAGGCGAGGGAUACCUAUUGAAGAGUAUGGCCGACAAGAAACUCGUCCAAAAUCCAAGGAUGCGGAAUCAGUGGAUACUGAUUUCGCCGCAUUGGCUAAAGAUGUUUAAACUAAAGUGUCCUGCGUACUUAAUAAUUUUUUAUUAGUUUUGCGUUAAAUCAGGAACAUCUGGUAUGCCCUUUAGUAAUGUAUUUCUCAGUAUCUUUUUGCCAGCAGUUUAGUUUCUCUACAUAAGA